AUGGCAAAGAAGGGAAAGGGUGCGCUUGCCAGUGCUCUUGCGAGACAUCAGAGCGAGCAGCAGCAGAGAAAAACAAAAUUGCAGAAGCUGAACAACAAAGAGAUCCAUUAUCCAGGUAACAAAAAGAAGCCCAAAAGCAAAACGGUAGCGGCAGACGCCAGCAAAAAGGACGAGGAGGCCGCAAGCGAAACACCUCUCGAUGAGAAAAAAGUUCUCGUUCCGUUUGACAAGAAAGACCGGAUUCUCAUUGUCGGAGACGGCGACUUUUCGUACACGCUGAGUAUCGUGAAGAAAAAGCUGAUCAAGGCAAAGAACGUGAUAGCAACGUCAUUUGACACGCUCGACGAGUUGCACAGCAAGUACCCGGACACCGUGGACGCCACGCUGCAGGAGCUGCGGGAGCUGGGCGUGACGAAAGUGUAUCACGGGAUAGACGGAACGCGGCUUGCGGAGACACUGGGCGUGAACAUCCGGAGCAAGCGGCAGGGGGACGGCAGCGGGAAGAGCAUUGAAGUUUUGGGCGGGUUGACGGUGAACAGCAUCAUCUUCAACUUCCCGCACAUUGGCAAACACAUCUCCGACGUCGAGCGCAACAUCAUCAAGAACCAGGAGCUGCUCUCCCGCUUCUUUGGCAGCUGCCGGGAGUUCUUCUCCAUCUUGCGCAGACAGCGGGAGCUGCGCACGCGGUCCGGGUACAAGGCGCUGGAGCAGGACGACCAGGACAAGGACAAGGACAGCGACGAGGACGAGGACGAGGACGGCGACGGGGACGCACACGGAGCGUACUUCUCGGCCCUGGGCAAGAAGCAGCAGCCGCGCGACUCCGACGUGAUUACCGUGACUGUGUUCAGCGGCGAGCCCUACGACUCGUGGAAGAUCAAGAAGCUGGCCAGAGACAGCAUCGGCUACAGCGUCCAGCGCUCGGGCCGCCUCGAGUGGCGGUACUACGACGGCUACAGCCACCGUCGCACCGCCGGCGCCGGUAGCACCAACAAGCGGGCCAGCACCCGGGACGCCCGCAUAUACAAGUUCGAGAAGUGGGACGCCGCCGCCCACGCGAGGACCAAGAAGCGCCGCCGCGGCGACGCCAGCGACACCGACAGCGACGGUGCCUAG